AUGAUCUUUUAUGGUUUCCUGAUCGUGAAUGUGAUGGCAGUGUGUGAAGCGGCACCACAGUACCCAGGUCACAUGAUGGGAGGACCUAUGGGCGGCUACAUGGGUGGAGGCCAUAUGAGAGGUCCUAUGAUGGGUGGACCAAUGGGCGGCUAUGGAGGAUCGAUGGGGAGACCCGGAGGUUUUAUGGGUGGCCCAAUGGGCAUGCGUGGACCGAUGAUGGGAGGACCUAUGAUGGGACGAUAUGGUCACAUGGGCCGACAUGGCAUGGGAGGCCUAGGCAUGCGACCGGUGCCUUUUUGA